GUCUUUUGCAAUAGGUUUUUUUUACAGAUACUGUUUUGCUUAAUAGCUUUUAAAAACUUGGUUCAGAAUUCUCAAAUGCAAACAUACACAUGAUGAACAAUCAACUCCUGCUGGGUUUUUUGAAACAUUGAAAGAAAGAAAAUGUGAAGUCCAAAGUGUGGGGCCUAUGCAGCCGCUAAUCUCUUUAGUAAUAAGGCCAUGAACCGUAAGGAUCUUGUUAAAAAUGCGCUUGCAGCUCUGUGCUGUUCUUUGUUGAGCUAACAAGCCUUCCCCUUUCAUAGUUUGGGAAUGUGCACCUUUGCUCUUGAGUGGAAAUCCAUUUGGGAGCUUUUCAGCAGGGAAGAACUUUUAUAGUCAGUUUUGCAGGACAAGAAUCUGCCUACAAAAGCUGGGGAUGUGUGUGUGUUUCGAAUGGCCAUAUACAGGAUAACCCUGGAGGGUGUUUUUCCAAUUUUCUUUCCCCUGCAAUGUUUUUGAAUGAUUCUGCUAACUUUUCGGAAAGUGAAAAUGAACCUCAUUCGGCCUUUUCACAGACUGAGCACAACAUAGUUGCAGCUUAUUUGAUAACAGCAGGAGUCGUAAGUCUUCUGAGUAACAUAGUGGUCCUAGGCAUCUUUGUUAAGUAUAAGGAACUUCGAACAGCAACUAAUGCCAUUAUUAUUAACCUGGCUUUCACUGACAUUGGAGUGAGUGGGAUUGGCUACCCCAUGUCCGCAGCUUCAGAUCUGCAUGGAAGCUGGAAAUUCGGCUAUGCAGGCUGCCAGAUCUAUGCUGCUUUAAAUAUCUUUUUUGGAAUGGCAAGUAUUGGUUUGCUUACGGUUGUUGCAAUUGACCGUUACCUGACAAUCUGCAAGCCACAUAUAGGUAGUAGACUUACUGCUAACAACUACACAGUUCUGAUCCUUGCUGCCUGGAUCAAUGCAGUCUUUUGGGCCUCGAUGCCGAUUGUGGGCUGGGCAAGCUAUGCCCCAGAUCCAACUGGAGCUACCUGUACAGUGAACUGGAGGAAAAACGAUGCAUCCUUUGUUUCUUUCACGAUGUCUGUGAUUGCCGUUAACUUUGUCAUCCCGCUAUCAGUCAUGUUUUACUGUUACUUCAAUGUUUCGCGAACUAUGAAGCGGUACGCCAGAAGCAGUUGCCUGGAGAGCAUCAACAUAGAUUGGUCUGAUCAAGUAGAUGUAACAAAGGUUUCGAAGGGCCAUCUUUGCGAUGGUCAGAUGUCAAACACGGCAGGAGAUCACAAUCAACCAUGUCUUCUUGCCAAUGAGUGCGUCUCAAAGCACAAUUACCUAAGGAUGCUGAUGGAAAGCAUUGCCUCUAUGUUUACUUGCUUGCCGAAUCCCUGGAAAGAAGCAAGUCUGAUCUGUUUCGCGGGUAGUUGUGUUACAAGGCCUUUGCUUACUUUCAAGUCAUUUGACUCCAUAGCUGGAUCCUGUGGUAGCUAUGAUGGUAACAAGCACCAUAUAUUUUAUCCUCGAGAUGUACCAGGGUCCUGGCUGGCCCAGGCUGUAUGGUUGCUGCCCCCUGGUGCCAAGCUAUCUGCUGCAGCAUUGUAUUAGCAAAAGGACCCUUGUGGUUCAUUGUACAAGCACAAUAUUUCAUAGGCGUGUGCCCUUAGUAUCUAUAAUAAAACAUCAAUAAAAAUCAAGACUUCAGAGAUUAGUGUUUUUGACUGGUUUAUAUCCUUUCCCACAAUUAUUAGUCAGUUUUGUACCUGUUAGGUUGAGGGAGGAGGGGAUGGUACAUUUUCAUCAAGAAUAUAAACCAUAUUACAGUAACAAGUAUAUUUUUAAACAGCCAAUAUUCCUGUUUCUUUUCUUAAAAGCAAACAAAUGUCACCAGAAAAACAGUAGCGAGCAAUACACCUUCUCUUCCCAGUUCUUGUAUGCUUCAAAGUGAUUUUUACUGAAACUAUUCUGAAAGAAAGUAAUUAGAUCUGAUAGCUAAUCUGUGCUUUUUAAAAAAGCAAAUAUGUGAUCGUUUUUAAAGAAGAACAAAGGACAAACAGUUAAGUUUUUAAUCAACAGGAAGCCACUUUUCAAGAUUAUUGCACUCAGAUUAUUGGUACCAUCUGCUACUAAUUGUAAGUAUAUUUCAUUAAAUGAUUAUCAGUUCCUUUAUGCUUCAUGGGUCUCCAUCUGUAUACAGCUAAUUUUAUUCAGCUGUUAAUUUAAAAUAAUUGGUCUUUUACAAUAGCACCCAGUCAAAAAGCAUUUUUGUCCCCAUUCUGUGCUUCUGCCAAUUUUGUGUUUUAUUUUUGCUGUGUGAUAUAGGUGUGCUUCACAGUUAUUCAAAGCAUAGAGCAUUUUUAAAAAAAUAAAAAGGUAGUGUUUUACUUGCAAUGGCUGUCUAAACUGUGCAUUACUCUGGUGACAUUUCCCUGCUUUAAUUUCAGUUUUUGAUUUGAUAUUUAAAGAGUCCUUCUUUAGGAUGGUUGCAAUUUAAAGGUAAUAUAUUCCUCCUUUGACACAAUAAGGAGCGAGCUGUUUCAACUGAUCCUUUGCAGAAUACAUUUGAAGGUUAAGUAACUGCAGCUCUUGGUUAAUCCAGGGUAAUCUGCUCUUACUAAAUGGAUGCCUAUGUUCACAGUCGUGGCACACAGAGGGAGUGCCUAGGAAUAAAAGAUUUUAGGUUUUGGGUAUAUCAAUUGUCCUGGAAGGAAGUCAUGUAUCUGAUUGCUGCUGUCUGCAUUGUGAUGAGCUUUUUGGAAGAAGUCGAUAGUUUCUGCCCAUCUCAGUGCACUUGCAUCUAUCAUGGCAGAGGGGACGACACUGGAACAAGGUAGGCUUUUCUUUUCUGUUCCAAAGAAAAUGCUACUCAGUACAACCACAGGAAAGCAGCCAAUGAAAUUUCAGAAAAACAUCCAAUGCUACUAGUGAUUGGUGUAAAUGCUACAGUGGUUCAUGCGCUUUGCAAGUUAUUUCUGUAGCAAAUUAAUAUACCAGGGGAGAAAUUAGAAUUCCCACCCCCCACCCCGCUUUGCACUCUUAUAGUAAGCUACGUGCAUAGGCAAGGUAGCUGGCUGCAAAGUCUGAUCUAAUUGGAUUGCAGUAAAAGGGGCUGAAACUGCAGGGGGGAAAUGUCAAUGCAAGCCUAUACAUGUCUACUCAGAAGUAACCCCCACUAUACUCAUUGUGGCUUUACUGGUACGUGAGUAUAGAACUGUUUCCUUCAUUGCUUGGGACAAAUGCCCCUAGAAUCUACAUCCUUCUGCAAUGCCAGUAUUUUGAAAGUAGUUUUAAAGAACAUCUAGUCAGUUCACAUCACUUUUUUACAGUUAUUCAUUCUGUAGGGAAGCCAGAUUUGAAACAAAGAAGAUACUGAUAUCCAGGUCCAGAAUUCUAUGAGAGCAAUCGUGCCCACGAAUUUCAGCUUUGCUCCAUUCCAAGCAGAUAAUUGGUGGAAUAGAGAAGGAUGGUGCACUGAGCCAAGAGAAGGUUCAGGGACUUGAUUGUAGGCCAUAAACUAUUUGUGCAACCCAGGCUUCAGGAUGCAGUGGAUCCUGUGGCCCCACAGCAAUUAUUUGCAAAUAUGGUGGGGCAAUCCAUUGACAGAAGCCUGUUUCUUCGGUGGGCGGUGGGGUCCUCAGCAACACCACUGGAGUGAAGCCAAGUCCUGGAAACUUCAACACAAUUUGUAAUGAUAGAUUCAAAACAUGUCUUUUAUUCUCAAUUUGGAAAAGAAAACAAUGUUCAUUUAGUUGUAUUGUACCUUAUUUGGGACAAACAAAGGACAUAAAAGCAAUACAAACGUCUGCAGUUUGUAUUACAUUGUUUGCUACAUAGUUGACUUCUUAUUGGUUUUAUCUGGGUUUUUUUAUCGUAAGUGGCUUUGAGACAUUGAUUUGCUUAAAGUGACGAACAAAUGUUAAGAACAGUUGGAAAUAAUGGAUGGUGCAGCAUAAGGUAAAACACAAAUGAAAGUAAAAAUCCAACUGUCUAGAAUUUC